ACAAUAAAUUCUUAAAAUAGUAUGGCCAAUUAAUCGAUUUUAAGUAUUCAUCGUUCAGCGAAGCAGACGACUAUAUCAAUUUUGUCAUUUUUGCGAGCAAGCUCUUUCAUGUAUCUUGACUUUCCACUGCUAUAAGAUCAGGGGGAUAUACCAAAAAAGGUGUGCAAGAUGAUGGGCCAGCAUGCCAAGUUCAUUGCUAGGACUGUAUUGGUCCAAAACAACAAUGUCGAAGAAGCCUGUCGUAUUAUUAACAGGAUUAUGGGCUCAGAAGGAUGGUUUGAUCAGUAUCGUAGAACUCGACGAUAUGAAAAGCCUUACAUGGCCAGAAGGAGGAUCAAUUUUGAAAAAUGUAAAGCCAUUUACAAUGAAGACAUGAAUAGAAAAAUCCAGUUUGUGUUGAGGGCAAAUAGGGUGGACCCAUUUCCUGGUUGUUAGAAAUUCUUCAUCUGCAUAGUAAAACAUGAUUGUUCCAUAACUAUAAGGAAAUGUCUGUUUUAUUUUAUUAAACAUCUAAAACAGC